CCAGCUCUGGGCAGCUCUGGAUAGGUUGUCUUUCUGCGGCUUAAAAAACGCAGACUUCGGCUGAACGCCACUGGGGUAGCACCCGUGCUCCUUCCUGAGAGCUUCUUCUUGCCGGACUUUCCCUCUCUCGUUUCGGUGUGCAGAGCCCAGUCGACUGUCCUUCAACUUGCUUUGCCCAUGUGUACCAGAAUCAGUGCUGCAUAGUUUGAGCCUGAUAGGAUUGACUUUACAAAUGAGACAUUUAAGUCACGUCUGCCGAGAAGUGUGAUUUGAAUGAAACCUUAACUUAUACAAGUUUUCAGGUAUUUUUAACCAGAGUUAUCAGCUAUCUGCAGUUAUUCAUAACCUGAAGGGUGGAUGGCCCUGAAGGGGAGGGAUAAGAACUGCGGAUUGUAGAUACUCUGAGAACCCACUGCUGUGUAAUCCUACCUAUGAAAUCAUGUGCUGACAGCUCCAAAGCGAGCAUAAACCAGGGACUCUGAUAUCAUGCAGCGGAAGAGCAAAUUAUUUCUCCAGGCUUUGAAGUAUAGUAUUCCUCACCUUGGGAAAUGCAUGCAGAAACAGCAUUUGAAUCACUAUAACUUCGCUGAUCAUUAUUACAAUAGAAUAAAAUUGAAAAAAUACCACCUAACCAAGUGUCUGCAGAAUAAACCCACGGUAUCAGAGUUAGCAAGAAACAUCCCAAGUCGGAGCUUCUCAAGUAAGGAUUUUCUGCCUAUUAAACAAGAAAACGAAAAAUCACUUUCAGAAAACAUGGACGCGUUUGAAAAAGUGAGAACAAAGUUAGAAACACAGCCACAAGAAGAAUACGAAAUCAUCAAUGCAGAGGUUAAGCAUGGUGGUUUCGUUUAUUAUCAAGAAGGUUGCUGCUUGGUUCGUUCCAAAGAUGAAGAAGCAGAUAAUGAUAAUUAUGAAGUUUUAUUCAAUUUGGAGGAACUUAAAUUAGACCAGCCCUUCAUUGAUUGUAUCAGAGUUGCUCCCGAUGAAAAAUACGUAGCUGCUAAGAUAAGAACUGAAGAUUCUGAAGCAUCUACCUGUAUAGUUGUGAAGCUCAGUGAUCAGCCUGUAAUGGAAGCCUCUUUCCCAAAUGUGUCCAGUUUUGAAUGGGUUAAGGAUGAAGAAGAGGAAGAUGUCCUAUUCUAUACUUUCCAGAGGAACCUUCGCUGCCAUGAUGUGUAUCGAGCAACUUUUGGUGAUAACAAACGUAAUGAACGUUUUUACACAGAAAAGGACCCAAGCUAUUUUGUUUUCCUUUAUCUUACAAAGGACAGUCGUUUCCUCACCAUAAAUAUUAUGAACAAGACUACUUCUGAAGUGUGGUUGAUAGAUGGCCUAAGCCCUUGGGACCCACCAGUACUUAUCCAGAAGCGAAUACAUGGAGUCCUUUACUACGUUGAACACAGAGAUGAUGAAUUAUACAUUCUCACUAAUGUUGGUGAGCCUACAGAAUUCAAGCUCAUGAGAACAGCUGCUGAUACCCCUGCUAUUAUGAACUGGGAUUUAUUUUUCACAAUGAAGAGAAAUACCAAAGUUGUAGACUUGGACAUGUUUAAGGAUCACUGUGUUCUAUUCCUGAAGCACAGCAAUCUACUUUACGUUAAUGUCAUUGGUCUGGCUGAUGAUUCAGUUCGGUCUCUAAAGCUCCCUCCUUGGGCCUGUGGAUUCAUAAUGGAUACAAAUUCAGACCCAAAGAACUGCCCCUUCCAGCUUUGCUCUCCAAUACGUCCCCCAAAAUAUUACACAUACAAGUUUGCAGAGGGCAAACUGUUUGAAGAAACUGGGCAUGAAGACCCAAUCACGAAGACCAGUCGUGUUUUACGUCUGGAAGCCAAAAGCAAGGAUGGAAAAUCAGUGCCAAUGACCAUUUUCCACAAAACUGAUUCUGAGGAUUUGCAGAAGAAACCUCUCCUAGUACAUGUAUAUGGAGCUUAUGGAAUGGACUUAAAAAUGAAUUUCAGACCUGAAAGGCGGGUAUUGGUGGACGAUGGAUGGAUAUUAGCGUAUUGCCAUGUUCGAGGUGGUGGUGAGUUAGGCCUCCAGUGGCACGCUGAUGGCCGUCUAACUAAAAAACUCAAUGGCCUUGCUGACUUAGAGGCUUGCAUUAAGACGCUUCAUGGCCAAGGCUUUUCUCAGCCAAGUCUAACAACCCUGACUGCUUUCAGUGCUGGAGGGGUGCUUGUGGGAGCAUUGUGUAAUUCUAAUCCAGAGCUGCUGAGAGCUGUGACUUUGGAGGCACCUUUCUUGGAUGUUCUCAACACUAUGAUGGACACCACACUUCCUCUGACAUUAGAAGAAUUAGAAGAAUGGGGGAAUCCUUCAUCUGAUGAAAAACACAAAAACUACAUAAAACGUUACUGUCCCUAUCAAAAUAUUAAACCACAGCAUUAUCCUUCCAUUCACAUCACGGCUUAUGAAAACGAUGAGCGUGUACCUCUGAAAGGAAUUGUAAACUAUACCGAGAAACUCAAGGAAGCCAUCACGGAACAUGCUAAGGAUGCUGGUGAAGGCUAUCAGGCCCCCAAUGUUGUGUUAGAUAUUCAGCCUGGAGGCAAUCAUGUGAUUGAGGACUCUCACAAAAAGAUCACAGCCCAAAUUAAAUUCCUGUACGAGGAACUUGGACUUGACAGCACCAGUGUUUUUGAGAAUCUUAAGAAGUAUCUAAAAUUCUGAAAUGCUGCAUUCCAGGGGAAUUGGAAACACACUGAAAUAUUUCAUAGUCUUAUUUCCAAUUGGGUAAGCAAAAGUGAGAUUUUUUUUAAGUUCGUAAGUAAUUUUUUAAAAAUUUGCUUCUGCAUCCAAAUUUUGUCUGGUGUAUAUCUCACUUGCUUAUACUGUUCUCUCCAUUGGUGCACGUGCCCCUUCCCCUAAGAAAGUAGUUUUCAAACCACACUCCUCAGAAGGACAUGGACGUGGGGUUGAAGGAAGGAUUGGUGACAGCACAGCUCUUCCCCACCCCUUCAGAACAGCUUUGUUUUUGUCCGUUCUAACAUUUUCUUUGAAAAGUUUACAAAUCAAGGUCCUGCCUCUUUGCUAGUAAACGUAUUUAGACACUUCCGCAGUAAGUCAUCCUCC